GAAUUUUAAAGGAUAUUUUUAUAUCAUUUCUUAUAUCAUUUGAAGAAACAUUUAUGCGUUCUUUGGUUUUAGAUGUUUUACUAUUCGAAGUCAUCGAGUUAGAAAGUGCAUAAAAGUGACAAUACUUUCUAAAUAACAUACUUUAGGGAACGUCGAUUGAAAGUGCCAGUUGCAGCAGACGACGUCUUUGAAGGCGCGCGUGCUUGUUCUGCAGCAGACGACGUCUUUGAAGGCGCGCGUGCGUGCACUGCAGCAGACGACGGAUAGCAAAAGAACACGACGUCGUGUUCCUUUGCGCACAGCUGUCAACACAAAACGUCAUGUACGGAAGACGGUCAGGACCAGCGCAAUCUUUAUAUCAAUCAAGAAUGGUCCCAAUGCUUAAAAUUCCUAAAGACGACAGUCUAGAAGGGAAACCGAUGAUGGAACCCCCUGACGACGUCACAGAAAUUCAUAGUCAUGACAUCAUCACUUUUAACGUGGGCGGUAUAAGAUUCGAAACCCUCAGGCGGACGCUUGAAGCAAAUGUCCAUACAAGACUGUCCGACUCUGACUUCAUCAACUCGUACUAUGUGGAGGACCGGAUGGAAUAUUUCUUUGACAGGGACCCGGAUAUAUUCAAAUCAGUUUUAAAUUACCUCCGCACAGGAAGCCUCCACUUGCCAUCGUUUAUCUGCGGACCGUCUGCUAAAUUAGAGCUGGAAUUUUGGGGUGUACGACAACAAAAAAUAGAGCAGUGCUGCUGGAUUAAUUAUAACGAAUGGAAUUCCACACAAGAAGCUCUAAAGAGGCUCGAACAUGACCGGAAGGUAACUACCAUGUUACCACUUGAAGCUAUCGAGGGUGAAAGCACGUUCUGGAAGAGGUGGCGGCCAGUUGUGUGGCGGUUUAUGAAUAGGACCAACUCGUCACGAGGAGCCAAAGUAUUCGGUAUUGUCUCCCUGCUGUUUGUGGUGGUGUCAAUCUUUUCCUUCCUCGCAGAAACAACGGAACCGUUUGACCACUUUAUUAUAAAAACAUCACGCGAGCUGUCACCCAACAACACAAAGACAUCAACAAUGUCAACAACAGACACUCUAAACACGACGUCAUCAUCGUUAACUAACGUGACGCUUAGCGGCAUAACAACGUCAUCGCCUUCGAGUGAAUAUAUCGUCAAAGAAAGAACAGUUCGAAUUAAACACCCUGCAUUACAAGUGGUGGACCUUAUUUGUUUAAGUUAUUUCAUUAUUGAAUAUGUCACCAGACUUGUUUUUUCACCAAAGAAGUUGAAGCACGCAACAUCACUGCUAGCGGUGAUUGACGCCCUUGCCAUUUUGCCAGACUUGAUUGAAUUCAUUGUUUAUUACGCUAGACCCGAUCUAAAAGGUGACGUAGAUGCGGUUGGUUACAUCACCAUCAUCCGGGUUAUUCGUGUGUUGCGUAUUUUCCGGCUCGUCCGACAUUCUCCGGGCCUCUGGAUUUUGAUAUAUACGUUAAGAGCUAGUUUUAGUGAGCUUAUGUUACUGGUUUGGUUCAUGGGACUCGGAAUUUUAUUGUUUUCCUCGCUUAUCUACUAUGUAGAUGAUCGGGAUGAGUUUAAAAGUAUUCCGAGUGGUUUUUGGUGGACGUUGAUCACCAUGACAACCGUAGGUUACGGCGAUAUGUAUCCAAAGACUACGCUGGGCAAAAUAGUGGGCUCUUGCACCGCAAUGGCGGGAGUUUUAAUGAUCGGAUUCACAGUUCCGGCGCUAGUAAACAAUUUCAUGCUAUAUUAUAGACAUGUUCAGUUUGCUAUGAUAACAGAAGAAACGGAGAAAUUAAACGAGGAGCAAAGCAAAACUGCCAGCGUUUCGGAUAAAAAAAGUAUUAAUGGAGAUAUAGUGACAAAUAAAUCUCCACCGGAAGUGAAAAACAAUUCUAAAAAUGUUAGUGAGUCAUAUUUAUAGUGAAAAUGCUAUAUUUGUAUCGCAAAUCAUGACAAACAGAAGAUAAUAACGUAUAAAAAUAUUUGAUAUUUGUUAAGGUUGAACAAAAUUAUAUAGGUAUUUAAGGCAUUCACACAACAUUUGUUCGUGAUAAGACGGCUCAUUCCGUGACAUAUCAAGAAUAAAUAAAGGCGUGUGUACCAGGAGCAACUAUAAUCUGAUCAGCUUACCGCUUUAUGUAUAGCUAAUGAUUACGGAAAGUAAGAAUGUAGACCGAACUUAUACGAUUGAAACUACUGGUUGAAGAAUAAUUGCAUAGUUCAGAGAUCAAGGUUAAAAAGAUGCUGUUGAUUCACAGCUGACCUAUAAAAAAAGGGAUUCCAAAAUUCUAAUGAUAAUAUUGCCGACACACAUAUUUCGUGUUCACAUUUUGUCAUAAGUCUUGCCAAUUUAUUUGUUUAUUGUACUUUUUUAUAAAAAAUAUCAUUCAGUGAAUAAGAAGUGACAUAUUUUCCUGAUAAUGGAUAAGAAACUUUGUAAUAUGUAACCAUCAUUUUAACGAUCUUAUUAAGAUAUGUUUUAAUUUCAAGCCCUGGAUUUUUUUUAAUGAUGAGACGAAAAUGAAAAAGGACGAAAGCACUCUAUACUUCGUACUUAUGUACUUUCGUACUUUUGUGCACAGAAGAAAUCAGCCACUUUAUUCAUCUAGUUCUAAUGGAACUAAUGUCGUUUUAUCAAAUAUUAUUUUACUGCUUACACAUCAUUCCUGGCGGAAACUAUGACAACAAAGGAUAUACAGUCAAUCAUGUGUAAAAGACAGCCUCCGAAUCACCUUGUACAUGAAAGCGAUAACUCUUCAUUGAUUAGCUAGAGCAACCCCAAAAAUAAAGACCACUUGUCUAUAAGGGCCAUGUUCGAUAUCUCCUUUGUAUGACCCUGAUUCGCUAGUUUGACUGUAUAUGAUAUUUUUAUCUGACAUUUUGUUAUAAAGUUUUUACAUUUUUGAAUUAAAAUAUUUUGUAAUAUUUACAUUUACAUUCCUGUUUAUGUUUUGUUCAUAUACCAUUUACAAACAGAUAUGUUCAUUUUUAUACACUUUUAUAAACGUUACAUAAUGUUUUAUUGACUAAAUUUUUAACGGAAAGAAGUGAUUAUGUUCAAUUCCGACAACAACAUUUUAAAUUUGACUACGCAA